UACAGGCGGAUGUGGGUUGCAGGGAAAUUGCGCCAAUCACGGCGCAGCACCGACUUCGUAGAGGCGGGACUUCGCCGCCAAUAGAAAGGCAUGUCCAGUUAGCCUGAGCGCAGCACUCGGUGGACAACGAACCUGGCGGGCGAGCUAGCCAGCCAGGUCGGACCGGGUGCGCGUUGCGGGAUUUCGAGCGGGUUUUCGUCGCGCAGAGGACCGCGGAGCCGGAUGCUGUGACCGCCAUGAGUCCCGCGGGCUGCCCCCAUGUCAGCGGCUUCAAAGUGGACAACUGGAAGCAGAACCUGAGGGUGGUUUACCAGUGUUUCGUGUGGAGCGGCUCGGCCGAGACCAGAAGACGCAAGGCCAAGUCAUGCAUCUGCCACAUGUGCGGCGCCCACCUGAACAGACUCCACUCCUGCCUCUACUGCGUCUUCUUCGCCUGCUUUGCCAAAAAACACAUCCACGAACAUGCCAAGAGCAAAAGGCAUAACCUAGCUAUCGACCUGCUGUACGGGGGAAUUUACUGCUUUAUGUGCCAAGACUACAUUUAUGACAAAGACAUGGAACAGAUUGCCAAAGAGGAACAAAGGAAAGCCUGGAAGAUGCAAGGCAUAGGGGAGAAGUACUCGACAUGGGAGCCCACCAAGAGGGAGCUGGAGCUGCUCCGCCACAACCCCAAGAGGAGGAGAAUCACCUCCAACUGUACUAUUGGGCUGCGCGGUCUGAUAAACCUUGGCAACACGUGCUUCAUGAACUGCAUCGUCCAGGCGCUGACGCACACUCCCCUGUUGCGUGACUUCUUCCUCUCCGACCGACACAAGUGCGAGAUGCAGAGCAACUCCUGCUUGGUGUGUGAGAUGUCGCAACUCUUCCAGGAGUUCUAUUCAGGCCAUCGCUCGCCUCACAUCCCGUUCCGCCUCCUCCACCUGGUGUGGACCCACGCCCGACACCUGGCCGGUUACGAGCAGCAAGAUGCCCACGAGUUCCUCAUCGCGGCGCUGGAUGUCCUGCACAGACACUGCAAAGAUGACAACGGGAAGAAGGCCAACAACCCAAACCACUGUAACUGCAUCAUCGACCAAAUCUUUACAGGGGGGCUGCAGUCUGACGUCACCUGUCAAGUCUGCCAUGGUGUUUCAACAACCAUAGACCCGUUCUGGGACAUCAGCCUGGACCUGCCUGGAUCCUCCACACCGUUCUGGCCGCUCAGCCCCGGAGGAGAUGGAUCAACACUCAACGGAGAGAGUCACACCACUGGUGCCACAACCCUCACAGAUUGUCUCCGCAGGUUCACCAGACCAGAGCACCUCGGCAGCAGCGCUAAGAUCAAAUGCAGUGGUUGCCAUAGUUACCAGGAGUCCACCAAGCAGCUGACCAUGAAGAAACUGCCCAUCGUGGCCUGCUUUCACCUCAAAAGGUUCGAGCAUUCAGCCAAACUACGGCGGAAGAUCACAACUUACGUCUCUUUCCCACUGGAGCUGGACAUGACCCCCUUCAUGGCCUCCAGUAAAGAGAGCAGGAUGAACGGCCAGUACCAGCAGACCGUUGACCCCUUCAACAACGACAACAAGUAUAGUCUAUUUGCCGUGGUGAACCACCAGGGGACGCUAGAGAGCGGCCAUUACACCACCUUCAUCCGGCAGCACAAGGACCAGUGGUUCAAAUGUGACGACGCCAUCAUCACCAAGGCCAGCAUCAAGGACGUGCUGGAUAGUGAAGGGUACCUCCUGUUUUACCACAAACAGUUCCUGGAGUACGAAUAGUCUUCAUCAGCGCGGCCUGCCAUGGGGGGGAACUGAGGGAUGACGCAGGGGAAGGAGUUGCAUGUGGAACAGCAGGUAACUGAGCAGAGACAGAAAACACAAGCCUACCUGAAUCCUUCUCAGUCGCAACUCUAACCAUCUCCACACAAAUCUCGUUCCUCUCUGCGACAUUCAACAACCGAAUUGUCUGAUGUGCGGGGAUUGAGCGGGAAAAAAAGGGCAAGUAACCAAACAAAAUGCCAGAGAUCCUGGGAGGGAGAUCUUGGGAGUGGCGCGGAAAGUGUUUCACUGGAAUUCAGGGGAGCAAGAAUCAAGCGGCUGUGAUGAUCCGUCUGAGCUUGCGUUCGGAUGAUGGACAAAAGGGCAAAAGGUACUUUUGGACCUUGUUUUACCAGGGGAAGGUUUACAUGAUCACAAAUGCUGUCCACCAAUGUCCGGCUUCGUGCUCGCACAGCUGCAUAUAUUAACGGAGCCUCGGGGCUCUGCUCUAGCAAAGGAAGUGAUUAUUUUUAUUUAAUUUCAUCUUAUUUUGCACCCAUACACACACACGCACACUUCCAAACGACCAAAUAUUUGAACGUUUUGGCAGUGUUAUUAUACAUUUUUGUUCCAAAUGCAAAAAGUGUGGUGUGGUUGGGUCAUCAGACACGUGUUGUUAUGAAAGUUGUACAGAGAGACAGUAACUGUCACACUUUUAGGAAACGUUCUCUUUAACAAGGACGAGUACACAAAGGAUCUGUUCCGUUCCGUCUUGCUGCUUUCAAUAGUCACAGGGGGGAAAGAGAUACCGCAGUGAAUAUUUAUAUUUUUAUACAUAGUUUUGUUUACAGUUUUGCAUCUUCCCUAAACACUCACUUUGUUCGUCUGUGUUGCGUUGUGCCGUCAAUCAUGGGGAGUUUUUUUUGGACACAGAAGCAAAGUAGUGUCGAUAAUUUAAUUAGAACUGCUGCUACAGCAGCUUUUCUUUUGGGUUUAUUUGUUGAAUUUGGCAAAGUGUCAUAAUCUCUAAGUUCAAGAUGCAUUCAGCGUCUGUUGUCAUGACGCCGUGUCACGUAAACGGCGAAAAAGAGAUUAGAACAAACAAAGUGGUGUUGUUUUCAGUACAGGGUGUGUAUAAAGGGUCAUAAGCUCAUCACAGUGUUAACCGUGGCCGCAUGUCGCUCUAAUUCGGUGUGUUUGUAUGUGUGUGUGUGUGUGUGUGUGUGUGUGUGUGUGUGUGUGUGUGUGUGUGUGUGUGUGUGUGUGUGUGUGUGUGUGUGUGUGUGUGUGUGUGUGUGUGUGUGUGUGUGUGUGUGUGUGUGUGUGUGUGUGUGUGUGUGUGUGUUUGUGCACGUGAAUGUGCCCCGAGAAAUGGGAGGGAAAAAGCUUGAUGUAUGUGUUUGUAUAAAAUAUUACUGAGUAUAAAGAAGGGGGGGGGAUCCAGUGUGUGUGUGUAUGUGUUCCUGAUUGUAUGCACGUGUGUCGUGCGCGUGCGUAUGUACUGUAUAUUCGUGUACUGAAUCAGUACUUGCAUUCAGCAUGCCGUCUGAGCUGGGUAUCACAGUUUGAUAGGAUUUUUUUGUUUUUUUUCCCCACAUGUUGACGAUGUAUGUAAAAGUAUAUGUGUACAGUUUGUAUGUCGGAGACAAAUGGUGAAACCUCAAAGUCGAUUUUGUUCCUCUGUGUCGCUGGAUCCAGCCACGGGGUCGUAGUCGGAAAAGAACGUCGCCUCGACCUAAACAGUCAUUCCUCGCGCGCGCGCACACACUUACACACGUAACUGCUGCAAGAACGGGACACAGUGAUGGAAAGACGCUCAAAUAAAGAAAAAAUCUAUAUCUGUAA